UAUCUAGUCCACCUGAAUCCCAGGUCCAUCCUCUGAAUCCACAAACCGGCUUAAAGGAAAAAACUGGUUUCGAUUCGAAUGAUUAAACCAACAGAUGUCUGUUUCUGAGAAGCAUUUCAAAACACGUGUGGUGCUGAUACUGAUUCAGUCACUGAAUGAAGUACUUGCCAAAUUUGUUCAAUAUAAUUUUUAUUUGUAUUGAGUAUUUUAUACGAUUCCAAGAGAAAAACUAAAAGUUUAUUGUUAUAUAUAAUUUUUUUUUUUAUUUCGUCAUGUCUUUUCCACAAUCCCAGAGAUGGCCACAAACUUCUGCCGGUUUUGUCGGCCUAAAUGUAAACACUAGGGCGUUCUGAUCUCCGGCUAUUCCGGCAACUCACAUCCGUUUAAAAAUAGAUUUGUCUUGUCACUUGAGUAGUGAUGUCACGCUGUGUUAAGAGUGCUAAAACGAAGCAAGAACAUUUUCAAAUUCAAUAUUAAAAAAUCAUCAUCUUAUUUUGAUUGUGACCUUCAUUUCAGCCAUUACAAAAGAGAUGUUGUUGUUAAGAUCAUCCUCACUAUUAAGGUCCAUCAAAAGUUGGAGAGCAAAUCUAGAGCUCCUGCCGUGUUCGUGUUUUGUCAGCACUGGGAAAGGCCAUUUAAGAAAGAACGGUAUGGCAGACAGCAAAACGAAAUCUGGAAACAAUCCAGGUAACAUAUCUGAACUUAAAAUUAAACAAAUUGAAGAUGAAGUAGCAUCCAGCUAUCUCCUUGUGGACAUUGGUGCAAAUCUUACAAACUCAAAAUACUCUCGAGAUCUGGAUUCAGUGGUGGAGAGGGCAAAAGAUGCAGGUGUUAAGAAAAUAAUGGUGACAGGGGCUUCAGUGCAGUGCAGUAAGGAAGCCUUACGGCUAACUAGGUUGUACCCUGGAAUGCUCUAUUCCUCGGCUGGUAUACAUCCUCAUGAUGCCAAAACGUGGACAGAUGAUUGCUACGAUACCAUAAAGGAGUUGGCUAGCAAUCCUGAAUGUGUUGCAAUUGGAGAGUGUGGAUUGGAUUUCAAUCGCAAUUUCUCACCUCAAGAUGUACAGAUGGAAGUGUUUGAAAAGCAGGUUCAGCUAGCUUGCGAAGUAGGCAAACCCUUAUUCUUGCACGAACGGGACGCUCACGACGACAUGGUAAGGAUUCUUGGCAAAUUCAAAGAUCGAAUGCCACCAGCAGUGCUUCACUGUUUCACGGGGACGUCCGCUCAAGCGCUGAAGUAUUUAGAAAUGGGUCUUUACAUAGGACUGACAGGUUUCCUGUGGAAAGACAAGUCAGAUGACGGAGUACGAUCGAUCCUUGAAAAAGGACUCAUCCCUCUCGAUCGAUUACUAAUCGAAACCGAUGCCCCGUUUAUGUAUCCGAACGUGCGUGGAUCGAAAAUCCCAGCCAACAUCAAACAAGCCCUGAGCGACAGGUCCUUGUCUUUCUUGAACCGUUACUGCACCUUCCAGCGCAAUGAGCCAUGCGCUCUGCCGGUAAUUGUGGAGAUGAUUGCCGCUUAUAUGAAACGACCGGUGGAAGAAGUGGCUAUGGCCACCACAAUCAACGCCAUCAAGCUGUUUGGUUUCAGUUGAAAACGUGCCUUACACUAAUCCCGUACAUUUGAGAUGACAACGACGACUCUCUUUUCAAAAAAGGUAAAAGGAUUUAAAAAAAAAAAAACAAAAAACAAAAAAAUCAAAUAAAUCAAAGGCAAAAAGAAUAAACUAUACAUUGAAAUUCA